AUGAAGCUGACAAUUCUGCUUACUGUCGCCGCGCUGGCCAUUGGGGCGCUCGCCGGACCAAUCAAAACUGACCAAAUGCCACUACGCCUACCGCUGAAAUACUUCCGGGACCGCGUCAUCACGGCGUCGGUGCAAUUUGGAAGUCCUCCCCAAACCUUCGACCUGGCCCUCGAAUCGACCACGUCGGACACGGCACUAUUCUCCGUGGAAUGCCGUCUCGAUGACCCAGAAGGUGGCGGCAGCUGCCGGAUGGACAAGGCUCAGAACUUCACCCGCCGACUUUAUAAUGAGAGCGCCUCAACUACCGCGCAAUUCAUGUCGACUACAUUCGCGUACUAUGGCGAUUGGUUCCAAUCUUAUGCCCAGAAAUACGGCGAAAUUGCAACUGUGGCCGGGACGACGAUUCAAACGCUGCUUGGGUCGACGAUUAAGACCAUCGGCAACUGGUCCCCAGUGAUCGCUGACGGAUUUUUGGGUCUCGGCCUCCCCUCAAAGGGCAGUCAAACCGGCGACUCGCUCAUCUACAACGUCACAAAGACCAUCCACACCAAGGGCCAGUCGCAGAAUAUUGUGUCGUUGUGGCUGGACAACUAUGCCGAGCCGUAUUCGACCGGCUUCUUGACGAUGGGGGACUACGAUCGGAAAUACUGCGAUAUGGACCAAAUCGUGAACGUCACGCUGACGUCGUCGCUCGCAUGGGAAUUUGGAAUUUCUGGCUGGAAAAUCGGGAACCAAUCCGGCGGAAAGGCAAACAUUGCCCGAAUUGACCUCAUACAGCGGGCCAUUCUGCUCCCAAAGGCCCAACUUUCUUUCAUCGCCCAAGCCGUCGGCGCCACCUACGAUCAGAAUAUGAAAGCGUACUACGUCUCGUGCCUGGCCACCCUGCCCGACUUCCAGUUCACCGUCAACCAGGACACAUUCACCAUAAAGCCGCGUCAGUACACCGAAUGGCCGGUCAACAGCGACCGGUGCGAGCUGCUCUUCAACGAGAAUACGCUGUGGGACAAGUCGCAAUUUGGACCCCAGGAAGAGACCCCCGGAAAAGUGACGGCAUUCUGUCUAAUCGGCUGCUGGGAAUCGAAUACCCGAUUUGAUAAGGAAUCUUUGACCAUUCACUUGGUUUUGCCCCUGAAAGCCAUGCUGCCCUGGGUCGCCGUGUCGAUUUUUCUGGCUUCAGGCGUUGCCGCUAGCCCUAUCCAACGAGAUGACGACCCGAAUCCGCUGCACAUUAAAUUGUUGUACUACCAGGAUCGAGUGCUGACCGCUAAUGUACAAUUUGGAACACCAGGCCAAACCGUCAACCUCGAGCUCGACAGCACGAGCUCGGACACGAUUCUCAUCGAUAUCGAUUGCACGUACGAUAACCACACGAGUUGCACCGACGACUCGUCCCAGAAUUACACCAGGAAAACGUAUGAUUACACAAAAUCGUCAACGGGCAGCAGCCUCGGUGUCGGCUACCUGUAUCAAAAUGAUGCCUUCCAAUCCUAUGCCGACCAAUUUAACGACUCGGUCUCCAUCACUGAUUUCCAGAUGCCACUUCAAUUCGCGACGGCUAAACGGACGAUUGGAGAUUGGUCGGCCGUGACUGCUGACGGUUUUCUGGGACUUGGUCUGCCGAAAUCCGGGGCCUUGGGUGACUCGUUCAUGGCGAAUCUUACCAAACUCUACCCAUCCAACACCCAGAAUCCCAGUGUCGUCACGCUAUGGGUGGAUGAUUUCGCUCAACCUAACGGCAAAGGGUACUUGACGGUGGGAGACUACGAUGCGAGGAAUUGCCAGACCGACACCAUCGUCAACGUCACCCUCACCUCGCAGUUGGCUUGGGAAUUCGGCAUUCAGGGGUGGGCAUUCGGUAACCAGACGGGCGGAAAGUCGAACAUUGCCCGGAUCGACACGGCUCGCCGGCAGAUUUUGUUCCCGAAAGCCCAGUUGGCUUUCAUUGCUCAAGCUGUUGGAGGAGUUUACGAUAGCGUCAUGAAGGCGUACUACGUCCCCUGCUCGCAAACCGUCUUCCUCCCCGAGAUCCAGUUCACCAUCAACAACCAGAAAUUCAACAUUGGAUAUAGGGAAUAUUCAGAAUCGUGGAAUAACUCCCAAAAGUGUGAGCUGCUCUUCAACGAAAAUACCGUCUGGGACCAGACCCGAUAUGGACCGCAAAUCCGCCUCGGCCACCCGUUCCUCCGUGCCUACUGCACGUUCUUCGACUACGCCACCCCGGCACUCGGCUUCUCCCAGGCCAACCAUUUCCAA